AUCUACGAUCAGUCUGUGGAAAAUGCUCGUAUUAUCCUGCAGAUUGAUAAUGCUCGCCUGGCUGCCGAUGACUUCCGUGUCAAGUUUGAGGCUGAACUGGCUAUUCGCCUGUCAGUGGAGAGUGACAUCGUUGGCCUCCGCAAACUCAUUGAUGACACCAACAUGAGCCGUCUGCAGUUGGAGGGUGACAUUGAGGCCCUCAAGGAAGAGCUGAUCUUUUUGAAGAAGAAUCAUCAAGAUGAAGUCAGCAACUUGCAGACCCAGAUUGCCAACUCUGGUCUGACUGUGGAAGUAGAUGCUCCCAAAACACAGGAUCUGGGCAAGAUAAUGGCAGAGAUCCGUGCGCAGUAUGAUACCUUGGCUCAGAAGAAUCUUGAGGAUUUGGACAAGUACUGGAGCCAGCAGAUCACAGAGAGCACUGUCGUCAUCACUCAAAAUACCAAAGAAAUUGAAACGGCUCGUAGCACCAUUGCGGAUUUGCGACGCACAGCCCAAGCAUUGGAAAUUGAACUAGAAUCUGUGCGCAAUGUGAGAGCCAGUCUGGAGGGCAACCUGCACGAAGUAGAGUCUCGCUAUGCAAUGCAAAUGGAACACCUGAACGGACUCCUGCUGCGGACAGAAGCUGAACUGGUACAGCUAAGGAAUGACGUCCAGCGCCAGGCAGAUGAAUACCAGGCUCUGUUAAACAUCAAAGACAAGCUGGAAGCAGAGAUUGCUACCUAUAGGAAUCUCCUGGAGGGCGGAGAGGAAUUGAGCUUGAAAGACGCUUUACGGGAAAGCACCAUGUCUCAGAAGAUUCACUCCACCAAAAUAGUGGAUGGCAAAGUGGUGUCGGAGACCAAAGAAACCAAAAUAUUGAAGCGUUGAUCUCCUCCUGGUGUGGCCAACCUCCUGAUGCAGCUUCAGUGGCAUCGUUUUAUUUUGAAGUGGGAGGCUGCGAGGAAGGAAUUGGGCUGAUUCAUUAUAAAAUUCAAUAAAGCAGUAUGCCUGAAAACAA